AUGCGUGUCAGGGUUGCGUCCACGUUCCCGUUCCUGGUGGAGAGCUGUAGCUGUCGGUCUGUCCCCGGUUCGCCAAGGCCAACUUUCACUCCCGCGAGCCGCGACGCGCUCCACGUCUCCACGUCUCCACGUCUCCACGUCACUCUGUGCCUGCACGCGUCGCCUCGACCGCACACCUUCACCGGCCCCUGCACUGCACAGCUGCACCUGCACCUUCACCUGCACCUGCACCUGCACCUGCACCUGCACCUGCACCUGCAGCCUGAUGUCGCCCGCAAUCGGCGGUUCUCGCCUACCAUUGCCUUGAACACCCACACCACCAUGUCAAAACCCCCCAAAGCCUCAAAGGCCUCCGCAUGGCACGCCCUCAACGUCGAGUCCGACCACGAAGACGAAGUCGAGGUCGACGACACCCAGGAAAUCCAGAUCGAAGAGGCCCUGAAGCUCUACCAGGCCGCCCUCAAGUUCCACUCCGAAGGCCCACAGUCCUUCCUCAAGACCGCCGCCGCCUACAAGGCCCUCUUCGACUCGGACAUCUUCAAGUACAACGAAUCCCUCUCCGAAUACAAGCGCCAUGAGGUCUUUGGCGAGAGCUUGGUCUUCGACUCCAUCCUAGAAGACGACUUCGAAGCCGGCCCCACCCAAUCCACAGGCGCCGCCGACAGCGCCCCCAACACCCUCCCCCAAAUACUGCACCUGUCCUACAAGAACCAUGGCCAGUUUCUGCUCGAGUCCAUGCAGCAUUGGCUCACCCAGCACGGCGCCAUACCCCGCCUCGAAGGCUGGAACAACAUCAGAGGCGCCCUCACCUACUUCGCCGAAGCCCUGGACAAAGAGGACACGGAUCUCGACCUGUGGCUACGCGCAGCCUCGGUAGCAGCCAUGCUCGGCAGCACGCGCCUGGCCCGUUUCUGUCUGGAAUCUGUCAUGGACGGCAACGACGAGCUGUGGGAGAGCUUGUUGCGCCUCCCAGGCAUCGAAGAGGGCCUGGCUGGUCAACAGCUGCGCGAGCUGGUCGGCAAGCUCGAGGACAACGUCUCGUUGAUGCAGCCACCUCUGUCUACCAUGAAACGAAAGAAGCUCUCCGAGACGCUCAAGAAGCGCCUCAAUCCCUACCCGUUUGCGCCACUUCCUGCCGACGUCGCGGAAAUCAACAGCGGGCGGGUCAUGGAAAAAGCGCCUGACCACGUCCCACUGGCACCGGCAAAGUGGGACUGGUCGGGCGUUGGAGAGGCUAUACUUCAACACUUCAUAGCAGAGCAAAGAGGCGUCACUGCCGACGCCUCGCCAGGUGCCAACGUACAACUCGUCAUACCCGCCGGUUGCGAGACCCCGGAACGGGUGGAUCAAGAAGCGGCGGCAGCACCUGUUGUGGAAGAGCCCAUGGACGAUCAGCUGCCGCCCCAGAUUGUCGAGCCGCCGUCCCCGGCUGCUGAAGUAGAAGUCAGUGGGAAAGGACAAGGCAAUAACGAAGCUGCCCCAGAGGAUCGCCCUCAGGACGCGGACACUUCGACAACGGCGGAAGUAGCACCAGCUCCUUCGCGCAAACGCUCAACGGACUCUGCGGGUCUCCCGGAGACGGCAGAGGGCGGUCGUGUCAAGCGCGUUCGCACCCGUAACGCGGCAACUGGCCAGGUCGGUGAGACGGUAGUACAUGAUCCCAGUACCUUGCUGGAAGGACAGCUCGAGCCUUUCGCUCAUGCGGAUCUAUGUCUGUAUGAGAUCGUCAAGGACAUCUACGCACGACUAGGCGUUGAAGGGCUUGGGCAUCCCAAUGAGCUUCGCACUUUGCUGCACGCCCUCCCCGACUCCACAGCGGCAGAGACGGACGACAAAAUCGCCUGCGACACGUACCUGGCGCUUCAGCACGUGAACAGCAAAGCCGCACAAGUGCUGCUAAGCAGCGAGUCGUUUGAUCUGGUGGGUCUGACUCGGGAAGCUGGCUUGAAUGCUUUCCUGGGCUACGCAAAGUCAGGUGCUGGCCAAUUAUCUCCAAAACCACUGCUCCAAGAUCAAGGAUUGGGGGUUUUUGCGCGAAGCGUCAACGAGAGCUGGUUUUCUAUCAAAGAAGUUGCAUUCGCUUGGGUGGAGAUGCUGCUCUCACGGGGGGUUUUCGCAGGUCAGAAAGAUUCGCCAACGGUCAACUCCAGCUACUUGAGCUUCAAGUGGGCAGAGGACCUCAAGCGGAACAUUGUGCAGAUCAUAGUCAACGUUGAUGAGCACAUCUUCGAGCGCAUGCACGAGCGCAUCAACAAUCUGGACGAACGCUUGCUCAAAGCCCGUCUUCAGUCACAAAACUGCAUCCUGUCUGACCUCAACGCAUCACAAAUUGAGAUGGUUCAGACUCUGUUCGAGCUCCAUCUCGAUAUCUACUCCCUCAUCAAACAUCCGCACAGUCAAGUGGAUGCUGCGACCAAGACUUUGCAGUACGACCGCCUCGAACGGUGGUCCAACCUUGCUCGAGAAGCCAUACAACUUCGUUCAAGUUGCACUCCAGACGUCGGCAUGGAUCAUCUCUCACUUCGCCACGUCUGGGCUUCAGUCUUUCUAAUGAGUGUCAAAGACGACAUCCCGCCGGAGCAUGUGCUAUCUGCAAUUGCCGAGCUCAAGGGCAUACUUGUCGCGUUUGACAACCACACAAUUCAGCUACAGAACAACGCGGUUAUGCCCGAGCUGUCUGUUGCGGCUCUUGAUCGCGAGCUUGUGCGGAUCAGUAUGAAAGACUUCUUUUUGAAGGUAUUCGAUCAUGACGAGAAAGACCCUGUCACGGUCAUUGAGAGUCUGGAGCCAAUCCUCGAGCACAAUACCGCCGCAGAACCGGCAGUCGAGGCUCCACCAAGCGAAGAAACAUCAAUGCAACAAAUCACAUCGCCAUCGCCCUCAAACAGCAUGUGUACGCCAGACUCCCAAGCCGAAAUGGAGUUAGAUCGGCCAUCGCCAGUGAUUGAGAUGCGCAGAUUUCUCGAUUCAGCCAACGUCAAUGUGAGCUUGUCGCUCUGGCAAAGACUUCGCGAGGCGUACGACGCAAUCGAAUAUCCCCCCAAGGUCUUGUCUUGCUAUCUGCGAAGCAUAGAGGCAUUCGUCGACGACUUUGAAACAAGAAGCUUCCAGGAAUUGUCGCUGAGCGAACGUCAAAUCAAGGUAUUGACUCGCUUCCGAGUCAUUGACGAGAUGGUUGUCAAGGUCCUGCAAAUCAUGCGAGGCGAGCCCACAGCAUUUGAUUGCUUGUCCUACGAGCAUGUUCAGACAUCCAUGUCAGCAAUCGCAAGAUUGCUACAUGUUCUGUCCGCUAGCAACAUGUUCCGAGACUUGAUUCGCAUUGGGAAAAUACCCGUACCAAGAAUUGAAUCUUUGCCAAGCCAGGCUUUUGUAAACAUGUCUGCCCGACUUGACGAUAUUCAACUGCGGCUGUGGACUUUGCAGUAUUACCUGCUCCGAGAAGGCAUUUCUCAGAACGCUGGCGACUUUCCUACACCUCAAGAUGAUCUCUUCGAGUUUCUACGCCAUGUUCACCAUGCCACCGGCAUUCGAGGCUUCUGCCACCAAUCCGGACGUCAAUUCCUGAGACUGGCAAAAGACGAGAUGCUCCGUUUGGAUGACAUUAUCGACGCUAACAGCCGCGACACGGAAUUUUGCCAAAUACUGCAUGAUCUUUAUGGCCUCAAACUGUUCGUCGAGCCUCUCGAAUGCCAGGACUUCUCUUCGACCCCAGAUAUCCUCGACAAGAAGGCCGCGUUCAACCUCCUGCCUUUUGUCAUGUCCCAGGCUGCCAAGGUAGAUCUAAAAGACCUGCCCAAGACUAAACAAGAACUCAGGACUACCAUUGAGAAGGUCCAUGCAGCUUUGGGACGGCCCAAGUCCCAUGACGAUAUCACGUUCAAUCGCAAAACCAUUACGACUUACUUCAAGUCACCAAUUCAUCCCAUCACACUUUUCAACUGCCUCAAAGGUGUUGGCUCGCUCGUCACACGAGCCAUCCCUGACGAUGAAGCCGUAGCGGCGUCGAAGGGGUGGUUCUUCCUCAUGGGCAACAUUGCUCUCAGCAAGUUCCGUUCCCAGAAGCGCAUGACCCAAGGGCCUACCGAAGACCUGAACUAUGCGCAAGCCUUCUUCCUCCAAGACCUAGAGUAUUCUAUCGAACGCUGGGAAACAUGGUACCGCCUUGCACAAGCAUAUGACACACAGCUCGAGGAGGCUGUUUCCUGGAACGCGGACAAAAUGAACAGUAACACUGUCGAGCUGGCUAACCUUCAGCGUGGAGCAAUCAACUGUUACGCUAUGGCUGUCGCAUGUGUGACUCGCGAAGCAGGUGUUUCGUCUCACGCUCAAGCCCACAUUGCGCAGAUGUACACAGAGUUUGGCGAUCGCAUCUAUGCGUCGUCGCGCGAGCCUUUCAACAUGGAGGCUUUUCAGACACGUGACGGUGAACGAAGAUUUGUGAAUUUGCCUGGUCUGUCAGGCGCGCAGCGCGACAUACCUUUCGUCGCUCUGCGACCCUACACUGCAUGGAAGUUUGCUAGCACCUUGUACAAGCGCGCCAUUAUAAACAACCCAUGCAAAUGGUGGAACCACUACAUGCUUGCGAAGGGUUUGUGGAAGAUGUGGGCCGCGAAUCACAACGCACUGGUAGAAGCUGCGUCCUCAGAUACAGCUCCACCAGUUCAAACUCGUCUAGGCUGGGAAGAAGUCAUCAAUCCCAUCGUUGGUGCAAUCGAAAGACUACCCGACAAGAAAGGAAAGAGCGGUGAGCCUAUACUCGAACCGCACUACAAGCUGAUCUCGAUUGUCCACAAACUCGUGCAGCGGAGAGCUAUCGACCACCACAAGGGCAUAGAGGCACUCUCGAACACAUUCUACUCGAAAAACAUUGGCCCUCCCGAGCACCUACAGCAAUGGGAAGUCUAUAUCAUCGCUAUCGUCAAGGCCCUGCGUGCGGCAGACAAGUCGAGUUGGCACCACCGAAUCAUAGCACGAUCGGCCCAUAUCAUCUACGACGAAGGAAAAGAUGUUGUCCUGGCGCAUGCAGCUAAACACGAACUCACCCAGACCAUCUUCACCAAGACGAUGGCGGUUCAGGUGUGGAAGCCAGAGUAUGAGCGACCCGGUCGUCAUUUCGUGUACACAUUGCGAUAUACGAAGUUCUUCAUCGACCUGCUCGACAAGACUGGAGACAAAGCUAGCUUUGAGGCGCUGGCUAGACGUGUACGGCGAAAACAGACGGACUUCUUCCAGCACACUGAAUUGUGGAAGGACUUGUGCACACGCUACUUGAGGUUGCUGCGACGCAUGGGUAACGUCCACGAAGGCCAGGAGGACUCGGCGUUCAAGUCGGUCAAUCAGGAAGACUUCAGCGCCCUUGCCGCGCGAAUGGAGGCCUGGUGUCAGAGCCCAGCGACACAGCAUCCUGUACUGGAUGUGCUUCGCGAUGCUGUCGAGCUCAAGCGCCUCAACAACGGUCUCAUGAAGCCAACAACGAUUGACGAUCUCAUCGGAGACAGCUACGCCAUGUUGUACACCACGAUUGGACCUACACUGCCGCCUUUGCCAUCUGAGCAGCAGCAGCAGCCUCCUCAACCAGGGCAGUCUGGAACUGUGACGCCACGACCAUCUACAAACCCUCUUUCGGUUGCUUCGUUGAUGCAAGCCCAAGUCGAUGGCACGGCCGAGGGCCGCAGUACACCAUUCACGACAUACCAUCCCAACCAGCUUCACCCACAACAACCGCCAUCUCUGCCCCAAGCGCCGUCACAACCUGAGCAGCCUGCUAAGUCCAGAGCCAAAGCUGUCGGCAAACGCGAGAUCCAGCGCCGAGCCGAAGCUUGCGUGCAUAAACUUGCUGUUGUCAGUACGCCACAGCCGGCCACCUCGAUGCCAAUCCGCUCUCCUUCAGUGGCGAAUGCUACGAUUCCAUCUCUCUUCUCGCGUCAAUCGACCGAGAAACCGGACCAACCGACAAACCUCGCGCCGGGCACUGGGCUCAGCACCUCGCUUCUCCAGGCGUCCACAUCGUUCAGCAGCGCACCUGGCACAGGCACCACGAGCGUAAACAACGACCACGCUCACGACACGGAUGCCGAUCUCGACCACGAUCAGGACAACGACCAAGACAACGACGAGCAAGAGGGCGACGGAGAAGGCGACACGGAGCUCAACGCACGGCACGACAACGAUGACGACGACGCAGACGACGAAAGCGAACUCAGCGAACUAGACGAGAGCGAGGUGCAGGAGAUCGGCCAGGAAGUCCAGGAGCACGAACGUCGCAGCGCGAGCUUCGCCACCGUCAAGCCCAUGUUCCCUGGCCUGUUUGCCGGACGCGCGAGUGCAGAGCGAGGCGCCCCGAUUGGUGGCUUCACCAUCCAGACGCCGACAGGCCUGGCUCGUAGCGAGGAAGGCGUUGAGGCGUCGGCCGAGAAAACGGAUGUCGAUGGCUCCGCUAGGCUGUGA